AUGUCUCAAAACAACGGCGGACUCCUCGGUGGCCUCGGCGACACCGUCGGUAAGACCGUGGGCGGCGUGACCGACACCGUCGGCGGCGCUGUCGGCGGAGUCGGCCAGACAGUCGGCGGCGUGACCUCCGGCCUAGGCAACACCGUCUCCGGUGCUACAGAAGGCCUGGGCAACACUACCAAGAGUCUGGGCGGACAAUCUGGUGGCAGCGGCAGCAACUCGGGUGAAUUCAAGAGCGUCGGUGGUCAGAAGCAGACUGCGCAGAACCCGCUUGGUCUGAGCUAG